AUGGUAUUCUGUUAUAGUUCCUAAACUUCAUUAUAACAUGUAGCUAGUGUUACUAUUAUAGUUAUACAUACUCGUGGGACUGAAACAGAUACAAAAGCUGUUGCUGUGAAAAUUCAGUAUACUGUAACUUGUAUAGAAAUGGUUGAGAAACUUGAUGAUGUCCCAGAUGUAGAGAUAGAUACAGGAAGAUUCAAGUACAUCUUAGUUAAAGUAUUUCCAAAGAGGCAUCAGGAGUCACAUAAAUACAUUGUACGAGGAAACAGAAAUGCAGCGUAUCAUGGAGAUAUAUUGGAUGAUGUAGAGCCACAAGUGAGCAAGUUAAAAUUGGAGUGUGACUGUGUUGGAGGUGGACGUAUCAUUCACGAUCCAGAAGCAAAACGUCUUGAAGUAUUUGGAUAUUCUCAAGGUUAUGGAAAAGCUGAUCAUGCUGUAACUUGUGAAAUAUUGAAAAAGAAAUACCCAGCAUACCAUAUAACGUGGUCUGAUUGUGGAUACUGAUUAAAUUUGUUUAAGUUUUGUAUUAUUAAUAAAUCAAUUUUUCUUAAAUGUAAGUGUUAGCAAGUACAUUUUAAAGUACUUUUGUUAGUGGUAGUUUUUAUAUAUAUGUAAUGUAACUUUUUUAUUUUCCUAUUUAGCAAGUUUUAAUUCUUUAAAAAGAGAUGUUACCUACAAAAUUGUUUUAUUUUUCCCUUUUCAAUCAGACUUAUCAACAAAUACAAGAGAACCUUAGAAGCCAUUAACCUGAAUAAUUUGAAACAAAUUUUACACAGCAGAUAGAAAAAAGCUAACUUAAUAGAUAAGCUUAGUUUGUAAUGUAAUAAAUAAAAUUAAGUACCUUUUA